GAGAGAGAGAGAGAGAGAGAGAGAGAGAGAGAGAGAGAGAGAGAGAGAGAGAUAGGACUUCCUCCCCGAUCGCAAAGUGAAGUCACUUCCCAAAAUUAGCUGAAAAAAGUUUCAUCCGGUUAACUGUCUCUUUUUCGAUCCGCUACAACAACAAACGUGCAUCGGGGAGCGCGGGCAGGGCGCUCGCAGGGGGCACUCGGGGAGGGCCCAGGGCUCCCGGGAGGCCGCGCCGGGCUCAUCUGAAGGGGUUGCGAAGUCAGGCUGUAACCGGGUCAAUGUGUGGAAUAUUGGGGGGCUCGCCCGCAGACUUGGCCAAAUGGACGGGACUAUUAAGGAGGCUCUGUCGGUGGUGAGUGACGACCAGUCCCUCUUUGAUUCAGCAUACGGAGCAACAGCCCAUCUCCCCAAGGCAGAUAUGACUGCUUCGGGGAGUCCAGACUACGGGCAGCCCCACAAAAUCAACCCCCUGCCACCACAGCAGGAAUGGAUCAACCAGCCUGUGAGGGUCAAUGUCAAGCGGGAGUAUGACCACAUGAAUGGAUCCAGGGAGUCUCCAGUGGACUGCAGUGUCAGCAAAUGCAGCAAGCUCGUGGGUGGAGGCGAGUCCAAUCCCAUGAACUACAACAGUUAUAUGGAUGAGAAGAAUGGUCCUCCUCCCCCCAACAUGACCACCAAUGAGCGGAGAGUCAUUGUGCCUGCAGACCCCACACUGUGGACACAGGAGCAUGUUCGCCAGUGGCUGGAAUGGGCCAUAAAGGAGUAUGGCUUGAUGGAGAUUGAUACUUCCUUCUUCCAGAACAUGGAUGGCAAGGAAUUGUGCAAAAUGAACAAGGAAGACUUCCUGCGAGCCACCUCCCUCUACAACACAGAAGUGCUAUUGUCUCACCUCAGUUACCUCAGGGAAAGUUCACUGCUGGCCUAUAACACGACCUCCCACACAGACCAGUCCUCACGAUUGAGUGUCAAAGAAGACCCUUCUUAUGACUCAGUCAGGAGAGGAGGAUGGAGCAAUAACAUGAAUUCUGGCCUCAACAAAAGUCCUCCCCUUGGAGGAGCACAGACCAUGGGCAAGAACACUGAGCAGCGGCCCCAGCCAGAUCCCUAUCAGAUCCUGGGUCCAACCAGCAGCCGCCUAGCCAACCCUGGAAGUGGGCAGAUACAACUGUGGCAGUUCCUUCUGGAGCUACUGUCUGACAGUGCCAAUGCCAGCUGUAUCACCUGGGAGGGGACCAAUGGGGAGUUCAAAAUGACGGACCCCGAUGAAGUGGCCAGGCGCUGGGGAGAGCGGAAGAGCAAGCCCAACAUGAAUUAUGACAAGCUGAGCCGGGCCCUCCGAUACUACUAUGAUAAAAACAUAAUGACUAAAGUGCAUGGCAAAAGGUAUGCCUACAAAUUUGACUUCCAUGGCAUUGCCCAGGCUCUGCAGCCACAUCCAACUGAGUCAUCCAUGUACAAGUACCCUUCUGAUAUCUCCUACAUGCCUUCCUACCAUACUCAUCAACAGAAGGUGAACUUUGUCCCUCCCCACCCAUCCUCCAUGCCUGUCACUUCUUCCAGCUUCUUUGGAGCAGCGUCACAAUACUGGACCUCCCCCACUGGUGGAAUCUACCCCAACCCCAAUGUGCCACGCCAUCCUAACACGCACGUGCCUUCACACUUAGGCAGCUACUACUAGAACCUUGACCAUCAAUGGUCUUCUAGAUGAAGUACCACUCCUCCCGGAUUCCUUGGACUAUAAGAACAUGUGGCCUUGAAGUGAAAACAAAACUGGAUGUUCUUUCUUUUGGAUAGAACCUUAGCCUUUGUUCUUUACAAACAAUUCUUUUCAUGUCAAUAAAUUUCACUUUCUCUACCUGAACAAUAACAACAUAUGGGCCAGUACACCGGUUUGGAUUCUCAACCUCCUAUCAUCUUACAAGCUGAAUAUUUAGAUGACUGGAAUGGUUAUGUCAUGGUUCUGAGAAAGAAGCUGUAAAUUUUCUUUAUAUUUUUAUGACCAAAGCAGUUUCCUAUCAACACACGGGUCUCAUCAUUACGUGGUUCAGUACCAUGAUGAAUCAUGGACUUAACCAGUCAUGAUCUGGUUUGAGACUUAGUGAAAAUAGAGGUGGGACGUUUAUAAUCUUAUUUUAGGAGGACCUAAUUCAGUGGAUGGCAACUGGAACAUUGGCUGUAAGGCCAAUGGUGUUUUCGCCCAACUGGAAUUUCAAAGAAAGAACAUGUAUGUGUGUGUGUGUAUUUAAGAAGCCAUGGAUAUUGCAAAAUCCCUCUCAGUAGGUAAUAUGCACCUGGCUGACCAUUCUCUUUAGAAAUAGUCAAAAUAUUAACUAAGAAAUGUUAAUGCAAAUACAGACAUUCUUGAAAGACAGGGGAUUUUUUAUGACAGUGGGUCCCAGAACUUUGAAAAGUGAUAGGGAUUUCUAAACUCAAGCAGAUUCGCAAGCGCUGUGCGUUUGUCAGGCCAUCAGACCAGGGUCAAUCAAUCAGAAGGCAACUUACUGUAUAAAUUAUGCAGAGUUAUUUUCCUAUAUCUCACAGUAUUAAAAAGUAAAUAAUUAAAAAUUAAAAAUAAAUAAACGAGUUGACCUCGGUCACAAAAGCAGUUUUACUAUCAAAUCAAUCCUUGUUAUUUUUUUAAGUGUAAUUUGUACAUCUUUUGUCAAUCUGUACAUUUGGGCUCUUUGUACGUUUUUAUAGCUGUUUUUUUUUUUUUUUUAAAGCUUAAUGUGACUAUUGCUAAAAAGCAGGGCAUUUAAGUCAGUGACUUACUAGGAAGGAAAGCCCUGGUACAGUUAUUUAAUAGACAUGCCCAGACAAGAGAAGCAGUCUGCAUAGAUCUGCAAUGCUGUAGAAAUCUUUUCCAGUCACAGAACUACAAUGAUCACAGCGCUGAGAAGAACAACCAAAUGUUCCCUUAUGGAGAUUAGGGAUUUUUCUGCCCUAUAUAUGCAAUAUAUUUUUAGACAUUAAAAUAUAUAUAUAAUUUUGCAAGUAAUCAUGACUUUUUUAAACUAUACUAAGUGUUAUGCUGACAACUGUCAAGGAAGACUAUGUUGUAAAAUAAUUUGACUUAAAUAAAUUGUGCCUUCUUCUCUCAGAACUAAA